AUGACUGCAUCUCCUGUGAAAGAAGAGAUUGCCUCGAAAGAUCAAGAUUUGAACACCAGUAUGGACACUGCUGCAGAUUACUCUGUGGAUGUUGAUACUCCUGUUGAAAUGGAAACUGUAGAAAGUGAAGCAGCCCCUUCCAACAAGGAAGUUUCCAUCACUCUUGAUACUGAAACAAGUACAAAUCUUCAAAUUGUAGAAGACAAUAACAGGCUGGAUGAGUCUGAAAACAGUACAUCUCAUUCUAAAGUAGUCAAGGAAGAGCAGUCUAAACAUAAGCUGGACAGGUCAAUGAUCUGUCCUUUUCUUAUUCGUGUAUUUGUCAAUUCUGAGCGAGUUCACGAUGAUGCAGAUUUCGGCAAAGGAAAACUUCCAACAAAUAGUGUUAACAUAUACUGCUGGAAAGACUCCACUAUACGUGAGGUGGCUGCAUUGCUAGGACAAGCCAUGGCAAGUACUGCUGAUGCUUCAGCAAAGCUUAUUUUUCGUACUGUAAAUCGCACUGAGCACUUUCGAGGUAUAUUCAAACCACGUACGCUUGGAUCCAUAUUCAAUUUCAAGCACACUUUAGAUGAAGCUCGAACAUUGGACGAAGUUCGAUUCGUUCCUGGUGACUUUAUAGAUGUAUCUGUCAUAACAUCUGGAAGUGGGUUUGGAGGCUCUACUCAUACUAAACUUGGUGGUGGUAUGAGAAGCGAUAAACGCGAGGUGAUGAAAGAAAGAUCAAGUUUUGAUGGAAGCUUCAGAGGUGCUACAAUGGCGACAAAUGACCAUAAUACUUCAAGAUUUGAUCCUUAUAACUCUUCAAGGAAAGAGGCAUUGAAUCGCUUAGGUCCAAGAGGAAGUGAUCGUGACUUUGAUCGUGGUCAACGCAGGCCUAAUGCUCGUAGAGAUAAUCGAUAA